AUGUUCUACAAUUUCUCCUUCAAGAGCUCCGUCUCAGACCCAGCUUUGCCACCCCACCCGCCGUUUCAUCAUGAAAAGUGCGGCAUUUCAAUCAACGCGCAGACGCAACAAAUCGUCGGCGGCACACUCGCCCCGCCGGACGCCUGGCCGUGGGUUGUCUCUUUGGUCGGACACAACGGGUUCGUCUGUACGGGUACCAUCAUAGAACGUCAGUGGGUCAUGACAGCUGGACACUGCUACAUCGGGCAGAGGUUCGACGUGAUGUUUGGCAGCCAUCAUUUAAACACGGCUUCAUACGUCACCAGUGUGUUGGGCUUCACGCCCGACUCCACGGGGGAGAAAAUCGACAAGCUCAGGCUGUCCCUCCCGCUUGCGUUUAAACACCACGUCCUCGUGAAAUACCCAGACCACGAUAUCGCUCUCCUGAAACUCGGCACGUCGUUCAACUAUUCCCAGUCAGUACAGCCGGUAUGUGUGGCGGAGAGUAACGAUUGGGACAACAACUCUGUUUGUUAUUUAACCGGCUGGGGGGAUGGGGAUACCGAAGAGGGCACCGAAGCUCUGCAGCAGCUCCGAGUACAGCUCAUGAACCAGACUCUAUGCCGGGGGAUCCACGCGAGUUUUGGGGUCAGAAACACGGGCGGUUCCCUCUGCGCGAUCGUCCCCGACUCGACGCAGACCACCCCAGCGGAUUCUGGGGCAACGCUGGUGUGUCUGAAGAACGGGCGCUACUACGCCGUGGGCGUGGUUAGCCACAGCAUACAGAUAUUCCAGGACAGCUAUGUGAACUUUUUUACUCGGGUCGCCAAGCAUGCGCACUGGAUCUACUACAUCGUUAAAAAUAACUGA